AUAUUGAUGUGGGGGCGUGGCGCCUUGGCCAGCUGGGCUAGCCAGCCAGGGGUUCCCGGUUUCACAGAGAGGAAAGUGACAGAAGCCGUGCGGAGGGAGACGCUGAGACAGAGGAGAGGCCGGCAGCCACCCAGUCUCGGGGGAGCGCUUAGCUCCCCCGCCCCGGCUCCCACCCUGUCCGGGGGGCUCCUGAAGCCCUCAGCCCCACCCCCGGGCUCCCCAUGGAAGCCAGCUGUGCCCCAGGAGGAGCAGGAGGAGGUGGAGUCGGCUGAAUGCCCACGGUGCGCUCGGGGCCCCUGAGCCCAUCCCGCUCCUAGCCGCUGCCCUAAGGCCCCCGCGCCCUCCGCGCCCCCCACCCGGGGCCGCGCCGCCUCCGUCCGCCCCUCCCCCGGGGCUUCGCCCCGGACCUGCCCCCCGCCCGUUUGCCAGCGCUCAGGCAGGAGCUCUGGACUGGGCGCGCCGCCGCCCUGGAGUGAGGGAAGCCCAGUGGAAGGGGGUCCCGGGAGCCGGCCGCGAUGGACGCCGUCUUGGAACCCUUCCCGGCCGACAGGCUGUUCCCCGGAUCCAGCUUCCUGGACUUGGGGGAUCUGAACGAGUCGGACUUCCUCAACAAUGCGCACUUUCCUGAGCACCUGGACCACUUCACGGAGAACAUGGAGGACUUCUCCAAUGACCUGUUCAGCAGCUUCUUUGAUGACCCUGUGCUGGAUGAGAAGAGCCCUCUAUUGGACAUGGAACUGGACUCCCCUACGCCAGGCAUCCAGGCGGAGCACAGCUACUCCCUGAGUGGCGACUCAGCGCCCCAGAGCCCCCUUGUGCCCAUCAAGAUGGAGGACACCACCCAAGAUGCAGAGCAUGGAGCAUGGGCACUGGGACACAAACUGUGCUCCAUCAUGGUGAAGCAGGAGCAGAGCCCGGAGCUGCCCGUGGACCCUCUGGCUGCCCCCUCGGCCAUGGCUGCUGCGGCCGCCAUGGCCACCACCCCACUGCUGGGCCUCAGCCCCUUGUCCAGGCUGCCCAUCCCCCACCAGGCCCCGGGAGAGAUGACUCAGCUGCCAGUGAUCAAAGCAGAGCCUCUGGAGGUGAACCAGUUCCUCAAAGUGACACCAGAGGACCUGGUGCAGAUGCCUCCGACGCCCCCCAGCAGCCAUGGCAGUGACAGCGACGGCUCCCAGAGUCCCCGCUCUCUGCCCCCCUCCAGCCCUGUCAGGCCCAUGGCGCGCUCCUCCACGGCCAUCUCCACCUCCCCGCUCCUCACUGCCCCUCACAAAUUACAGGGGACAUCAGGGCCACUGCUCCUGACAGAGGAGGAGAAGCGGACCCUGAUUGCUGAGGGCUACCCCAUCCCCACAAAACUCCCCCUCACCAAAGCCGAGGAGAAGGCCUUGAAGAGAGUCCGGAGGAAAAUCAAGAACAAGAUCUCGGCCCAGGAGAGCCGUCGUAAGAAGAAGGAGUAUGUGGAGUGUCUAGAAAAGAAGGUGGAGACAUUUACAUCUGAGAACAAUGAACUGUGGAAGAAGGUGGAGACCCUGGAGAAUGCCAACAGGACCCUGCUCCAGCAGCUGCAGAAACUCCAGACUCUGGUCACCAACAAGAUCUCCAGACCUUACAAGAUGGCCGCCACGCAGACUGGGACCUGCCUCAUGGUGGCAGCCUUGUGCUUUGUUCUGGUGCUGGGCUCCCUCGUGCCCUGCCUUCCCGAGUUCUCCUCCGGCUCCCAGACUGUGAAGGAAGACCCCCUGGCCACAGACAGCGUCUACACGGCCAGCCAGAUGCCCUCCCGAAGCCUCCUAUUCUACGAUGACGGGGCAGGCUCAUGGGAAGAUGGCCGCAGCGCCCUGCUGCCCAUGGAGCCCCCAGAUGGCUGGGAAAUCAACCCCGGGGGGCCGGCAGAGCAGCGGCCCCAGGACCACCUGCAGCAUGAUCACCUGGACAGCACCCACGAGACCACCAAGUACCUGAGUGAGGCCUGGCCUAAAGACGGUGGAAACGGCACCAGCCCCGACUUCUCCCACUCCAAGGAGUGGUUCCACGACAGGGAUCUGGGCCCCAACACCACCAUCAAACUCUCCUAGGCCAUGCCAAGACCCAGGACAUAGGACGGACCCCUGGCACCCAGAAGAGGAGUUCUUGCUCACUAACCCGGAUCCGCCUCGUACCCCUGCCUCCUGGAGCUUCCCAUUCCAGGAGAAAAGGCUCCACUUCCCAGCCCUUCCUUGCCCCUGAUAUUUGGACUCUUCCCUUGGGCCGACCACUCUGUUCUCAUUCUCCUUCCUACCAACAUCCAUCCGUCCUUCUCAGACAAACCACUCACUGGGUACCCCCCACCUCCUCUCUCAUAUGCCCAACACGACCACUGCCUCCCUGCCCCCACACCUGCACCCAAACAGACACAUCAACGCACCCCACUCACAGACACCCCUUACCCCACCCCCACUGUACAGAGACCAAGAACAGAAAUUGUUUGUAAAUAAUGAACCUUAUUUUUUAUUAUUGCCAAUCCCCUAAGAUAUUGUAUUUUACAAAUCUCCCUCUUCCCUUCGCCCCUCCCUUGUUUUAUAUUUUAUGAAGUUAGUGCGGGCUUUGCUGCUCCCUGGCCCAGGAAAGAGGGACUCCCCGACCCUCACCUGGCACCCCCCUGCUGCUGCCCAAGCCGCUGGGCCUUUUUAAUUGCCAAACUGCUCUCUUCAUCAGCUCAGCACAUGCUUUAAGAAAGCAAAACUAAAAAAAAAAAAAAAAAAAGAUGCAGCAUCAA